CCCGCCCGCCGGCCUCCGCCGGCUCCUCCUCCUGGCCGGGCUGGGCCGGGCCGCGGGAACGCAGCCCGCUUGGCGCUCGACGCCAGGGCCCCGGGCGAGGACAUUGACGGGGCCGAGCCCGCGAGCGCGAGGGGAUCCCCCGAUUUGUUCUGCUGGGCCCCGACGGGCGGGCACGCUGCUCGGGGCUCUCCUACUGACUACCCGUGUCCCUCUUAGUAGCCUCACCAUGUCCUCGGUGUUUGGGAAGCCGCGCGCGGGCAGCGGGCCGCAGAGCGCGCCACUUGAGGUCAAUCUGGCCAUUCUGGGACGUCGAGGGGCCGGCAAGUCCGCUCUGACUGUGAAGUUUCUGACCAGGAGGUUUAUCAGCGAAUAUGACCCCAACUUGGAGGACACCUACAGCUCCGAGGAGACAGUAGACCACCAGCCUGUCCACCUGAGGGUCAUGGAUACUGCAGACCCGGACACCCCCAGAAACUGUGAGCGCUACCUGAACUGGGCCCACGCCUUCCUGGUGGUGUACAGCAUGGACAGCCGCCAGAGUUUCGAGGACAGCAGCAGCUACCUGGAGCUGCUUGCUCUGCACGCCAAGGAGACACAACGCAGCUCCCCAGCCCUGCUGCUGGGCAACAAGCUGGACAUGGCCCAGUAUAGGCAGGUCACCAAGGCAGAGGGCGCAGCCUUGGCAGGCAAGUUCGGGUGCCUGUUUUUCGAGGUCUCAGCCUGUCUGGACUUUGAGCACGUGCAACAUGUCUUCCACGAGGCUGUGCGGGAGGCACGGCGGGAGCUGGAGAAGCAUUCCCUAGCCCGGCCCCUUUUCAUCUCCGAGGAGAGGGCCCUGCCCCACCAGGCCCCGCUCACCGCCCGGCAUGGGCUGGCCAGCUGUACCUUCAACACGCUUUCCACCGUCAGUCUGAAGGAGAUGCCUGCUGUGGCCCAGGCCAAGCUGGUCACUGUAAAGUCAUCCCGAGCCCAGAGCAAGCGCAAGGCGCCCACCCUGACCCUGCUGAAGGGCUUCAAGAUCUUCUGAGGGCACCCGUCAGGAUCCCAGGCUCAGCAGCUGGCCGAGGCUGCAUGACAGGGGCUGGCUUCUCACCACCGCCUCUGCCUCUGUCGGAAGAAUAGUCCUUGCCCUCUGGUGGACAGCUGACCGCUCUUCCAGCACCAAGUAAUGUCCCGGACACCCAGUUCACUGUGUGAGCUGGAGGGACAGGCAGGAAGGCUGCUCUUCCUCACUCCAGGCCUUGGUUUCCAUGGUAACCGCUGCAUUUCCUGACCCCGAAGGGAAAUAGCCCCUGAGACAACCCAGAGACCUGGGGUUAGCCUGAAGUGGAAGGAAAUUACAGUGUCCAUCAUGGUGCCAUCAACCCUUCCUGCUCCAGCUGCAGCCAGAUGUGUGCAGCUCUGGAUGGUCCCUAAGGGUUGGCCUCAGAACAUGCCGCUCGAGGAGCAGUCCUGAGUUCCUAGCACCACCUGGUGGACAGGAAGGGCAAAGCGGCUACAGGUUGUGGGGGUGUGGCUUGAGCCCGGCCCUCCUGUGGUCCUCUUAACUUCACAGAAGCCC